AUCAAUAGUUUUCCUCUCCAAACACUAAUAUAACGAAGAUCAUUACCCUGUAGAACUAAGCAACAAAAACAACAAAAAGAAAAACUAAAAAAGGAAAUAAAAAGACCAAAGCUUUCUCACAUCUUUACCACAAAACCAACUCUAUUAUAGGCCUCUCUCUCCCCUCACUCACAACCCCCACUCAAACAAAGUUCGCUUUUUUCCUCCUCCUCCUCUCGUCUUCUUCUCUCUCUAUCAAUUCUCCAUCAAUUCUCAAUUUCUCUUUCCGCACUAUUGCUUCCUGUUCGCUGGAAUUCCUCUGAGAAACCACGGCUAAGUUUGGAUGACAUCGCCCUUGGAACACGACUACAUCGGCCUUUCGGAGCUCUCCUCCAUGGAGAGCUCCGACAAGCUCUGCUCCUCCUCGUCCUCGCUCUCCGCCGAGGACGAUCCAAAGGUCGGCGCGCGGGCGCCGGCGCUCAACCUCAAGGAGACUGAGCUCCGCCUGGGACUCCCGGGGUCCCAGUCCCCUGAGCGGGAGGACGGCCCGGGCCUGACCCUGGGGCUCCCAAAAAGCUUCGUCUCCGGCGCUAAGAGGGGGUUCUCGGACGCCAUUGAUGGUUCCGGAAAGUGGGGGUUCUCCGGAGGGAGUGGAUCUGAGGUGGAAUUGGGGAAAGGCGGCAACUUGUUCUCGCCCAGGGGGGAGAAUGGCGGGGGGAAGCACACGGGGCCGACGGGCUUGGUGAAGGAUGUCGGUGGGGCGGCUGGAGCGGCGGGACAGGAAAAGAAGGCCCAGGCUUCGGCAGCUGGAGUUGCACCUGCUGCAAAGGCACAGGUAGUUGGUUGGCCCCCAAUCCGUAGCUACCGGAAGAAUACAAUGGCUUCAAACCCAUCAAAGAACAAAGAGGAUACUGAAGGGAAACAAGGAACAGGAUGCCUUUAUGUCAAGGUUAGCAUGGAUGGAGCCCCAUAUCUCAGAAAAGUUGACCUCAAAACAUACUUGAACUAUAAGGAGCUCUCAUCAGCACUUGAGAAGAUGUUCAGCUGCUUUACCAUUGGCCAGUGUGGUUCACAUGAAAUACCAGGCAGAGAUGGGCUAAGUGAGAGCCGGAUGAUGGAUCUUCUUCAAGGAUCUGAGUACGUCCUUACAUAUGAAGACAAGGAUGGUGAUUGGAUGCUUGUUGGUGAUGUUCCGUGGAAUAUGUUCACUGACUCUUGUAGGAGGCUCAGGAUCAUGAGAGGUUCAGAAGCAGUUGGAAUUGCCCCAAGAGCCAUGGAGAAGUGCAAGAGUCGGAACUAGCUGCAUUUUCAUCCAACAGCUAAGACAAGUGGAUCUAAUGUCUGCAGGGGCCCUUCUUAAAAGAUGUAAGGAUUCAUCCAAGUGCUCUCUUUAUACCUUAUGGUUUGUUAUACAUGGAGUGAAACUUGUAUGUAACUUUCUCUUAUUUCCUAGGGACAUAAUGUUUGUUAGGUUGUGUCAGUCUCUGUUUCCCUGCCUUGUCAUUUCUGUAUGUGUAGAUGAUUGGCUUGCUGUCUGUAACUGCUAUGUUUGAGCAUUACUUCCCGUGUGCUAAUGACAAUUGCAGGUUUCUUCUUAUUUUGGUAGAUAAAGUUAUUCGGAUGCAAGUCUAUACCCUUGUCAUGUCCUAUAUAAACCAGGCCUUUUGGUUACCACAUGUAUCUGAGUACAUGAUGAAAGGCCUAAACUUUAUUUUGUAUGGAUUAUAAAGUACAUUUCAGCUGAAAUGCUACAAAUAUUAUGCUAUCCUUUGGUGAUGAUUUAGA